ACCAUUCUCUAUCACCACCACAUUCUUUUCUCUAUCCUUCGAUACCCUUCAAUCAACUACUCCACCUACAAUCUCAGCCAGCACAAUGGAAGUCGGUGUUGAUGCCGAAGCCCUCUUGGCCCGCUUCGAGGACUUGACGGUUCUCGAGGAGGAGUUUGACGAUGCCGAGCUCGAAAUCAUCCGCAAGACCACCGCCCUAACCGAGCCCCUCUACACCAAACGCGCCGCCGUCGCCGCAAAGAUUCCGCACUUCUGGCCUCUCGUCUUCGAGCAAUGCCCACCAGAGCUAGAUCAGCACAUCCAGCCGUCAGAUAGCAAGCUCUUCGCCGACGCGCUCGAUGAAUUCUCCGUUUCGCGCUUCGAGAUUGAUGACCCGACCGGCUCGCCGCGCAGCUUUUGCGUCCGCUUCACCUUUGCGGAGAACGACCACGUCACGGACAAGGUACUCGAGAAGAAGUUCUGGUACCGUCACUCCAAAACCUCGCGAUGGGAAGGCCUGGUAUCGGAGCCGGUCAAGAUACAUUGGAAAAAGGGCAAGGACUUGACUGCUGGACUGACGGACGCGGCGGUGCGACUCUGGGAGGCGAAGCAGAAGCUUGCGAGUGGAAAGACAAAUGGGGCUAAGAAAGGGGACGCGGCGAGUCUCCCCGAAUAUCAGGCGCUGAAGCAGAAGAUCGAGCUUGCCGAGGAGUCUAGCCUCUCGUUCUUCGCCUGGUUUGGCUUCAUUUCGUCCUACAAAUACGUCUCAGCUGCCGAAUCCGUACAAGCCAAGAAGGAGGAGUUAGCACGACGCGAACUACGGAAGCAGGGCAAGCCAGUUGAGGAGCCCGAAGAUGAGGACGAAGAUGGCGACGAGGACACUGAGGUGUUCCCGGCCGGCGAGGAGCUGGCGACCAUUCUGGCCGAGGAGCUCUGGCCGGGUGCUAUCAAGUACUUCAAGUCGGCUCACGAGGUGGACGACGAGGAACUCUCAGAUCUCGAGGUCGAGGACUUGGAUGACGACAGCGACGACGAGAUUGAUAUCCGAGGUCUUGUGGGCAAGGGCAAGAACGGUUCGCCUCCUUCAAAGAAGCGCAGGACUUAGACUCUCUGCUUCAACGUUUUGAAUAAUGGGUUUUGGUAUCCGGGUUUCGAGUAUCAUUUAUGGGCUCGCGGUCUAGAUUAAGGAAAAGUUUGGAAUACUACUAUACGAUUAAUGUUAAUGAUAUCGGUAUUUUCUUGAUAUGGGAUGUGGAUGCGGU